AUGCGUGCGGAUGAUGAAUAUUCGGUGGAGCUGCCAGAGGAAUCAUCUGCAGAGUUGCCCAGCUCCAGCUCUGAUGUCGAGGAGGCAGAUGUGAGACUUCCUGACCAAGACUGCUGCCUGAAAUGCUGUGUCCAAGCAUUGCAAGAGUCACCGGCCGGCAAGCUGCGGAUGGCAGAUCUGAAAGCUGCGCUCGAUGGAGCAACGAAGCACGAUGCUGCCAAAGUUCGUUUCGACUGCAUGCGCCAUUGGCUUUCUGAAGAUGCCUCAUUGGAUGGGACAGCCAACCAGGGCUGGAGGAAGUACUCGUUUUGCGAUAUUCCUUUGUGCCGGGACGCCCUUUGCGAGGUGUUGGGAAUAAGUCGAAGUGUGUAUGCAAAGUUCAAAGAGCAUGUGGCAGCUGGGUUUACUGAUCCUCCAGCCGAUGGCCGGUCAUCCACAUUCCAGGUCAACAGAAAGGAUGCUGAGAUGACGGCGGACAAGAUGCUGAGGUGGGCGCAUAUGCAUUUGGCUGAGCCUCUGGUGGAAGCAGGAGAUGUCUAUGUGACAGCUAAGCAAAAGCUGGGGCAAUUCACCAAAACAGGCUUGUUCAGUUUGCUCAAACCUGGGCGCGACGACGUUCGCUUUUUAGCUCCUCACACCACCUUGAAAGAGAUCAGGGAGACAGCAAUGUCUUUCCUUUCGGGGGAUCUUGAGCCAGUCUCGUACAGCACUUUUGUGCGGGUCUACCACAGCAGCUGGCAGAAGAUUCUCAAAUUCAGGCAUGAGGGACAGCAUUCUAAAUGCACCGAAUGCGAAAAGCUGAAGCAGCACCUACGAAUCACGACCAACCCCGCCGACAUCAAGCUUAUCAAGGCAGAUUAUGUGCACCACUUGGAGUCGAUGUUUGCAGACAGGAAGGUUGAUUCGGAUAUGUGCGAGAUGGGCAAGGAUCCUGCAAAGAAGUUUCUCAGCCUGUCCAUCGACUCUAUGGACACAGCAAAGUUCCGGAUCCCACGCAAUUUGAAGCAAACCAAGGCGUUUGCUGCUUUGUGGCGCCCUGAGGCAAUCUUCACUGUUGUCCUGUCCGAGGGGCAUUUCGAAUCUUUCUACUUCUGCGACCAAGAUUUGUCCAAAGACCCCAACCUCAUGAUGACUCUGUUGGCAAGGUCUGUGCACAUGUGCUUGGAGAAGUUGGCCCGCGACAACCAGCCCCAUCCAAACGUUUUGCGUGUUCACUCUGACAAUACACCCAGCGAGACAAAAAAUCAGUUCCUGCUGCAGUGGUUGGCUUCUCUUCUACAUCGAGGAGUUUUCAGGGAAGCAGUCCUCACCAGUUUUCGAGUCGGCCAUUCGCAUUGUGCUCCGGACGAGAGGUUUGCGUGCGUCAGGACAUUGUUGGCGGACUCAGUGGAGUUGCAAGAGCCCUCAGAUUUUCUGGCCAGGGUACAAGAGCUGAAGCCUCACAGGGGUCGUUCUGUUACAGUGGAGAAGGUGGAGGCUGCCUACGAUUGGAAGGAGUCAUUGAAGGGCCUCGGAGACGUUGUGUCUCUGCACGGUCACGUUCAGACCCAUCAGCAGACAUUGCGAGACGAGGAAGCAGUGCAUGUUUUCAACUUGGUCCAGCGGGAAAACUACAAGCUCAUGACUGGGGAAACACUUGUGGAACUUCCAGGGUAUGAGCCUGAUGGCAAGGACAUUGUGCUGGAAGUUUAUCAGUACCUGAGCUCGGAGACCAUGUCCCAGACACCCAUGGUGUAUAUCCCAGCGAAGUUAUGGGAUCAGGUGGACUUGUCAAGCCUUCCCCAAAUUGCACCCCGGCGGAGCUUCAGUGACAAGCAGCUUGCGGAAUUCAGGAAGACGGCGAACAAAGUGCUGAAGCCUCCUUGGAGGCUUCUGAGGGCCAACACCUACCUGCGCAAUCUUGUGAAUUUCAAUCAGGAUCCCCAGCUAGCUGAAUGGGAGCCGCCAGAGAUUCAACUGGCUUUGAAGCCAGCUCCGCAAGCUGGCGAAGAAGAGAAGCCAGAGAUCAAUCCAGAAGCGCUGGGCUUCGCAAAUCGUGCAGCUGCUCCAGUUUCAGUGAUCGUCAGGAAGACAGCUGCAAAAAGUGCCCCAAAGAAGCGGGCUGCAACUUCCCAACCAGAUACCGAGGAGAAGGCUCGUAGAAGAACAUCGUCAAGGGCAGUUGGUGAUGGUGAUUUGGUGCUGCCAGAAUCCGAUGCGGCCGAAAUCCCCGAGGUGAGGGAGCUCGCAGCAGCUGAAGUUGAUGUGGAGCUGCCAGACGCAGACGCAGCCGAGAUCCCCGGCAUGAGGGAGCCCACAGCUGCAAGCAGUCAGCAAGGGUGCCCAGAUUCGCACCAUGGUCGUGGAGGGGCACCAGCUAGGAUUGCUCCUUCGCCCGCUGAUCUGGGUAGAGUUUUCAUGCUAGGGCGAUUGCCAGGCCCGCCUGAUGUGCCAGAGAAGGCAAAGCUUGGUUGUACAAAGUGCAAUCCCAACAAAAGGAUCGGUUGUGCUCGAUGCCGGAAACAGCAGGGUCUGAAAUUGGCCCUAGACAAGAAGUCAUGGAUUUGGGCGUGA